AUUUUCAGAAUUUUUUUUGUCAUUCAUUUAUCACAUUCGCCAAAACGUUGAAGUGGUCGUUACAUACCGGUACUUGAGGUCACGCAGCAUGCUGUGUUGCUGACAGUUGAUCUUCCACAUGGCCAAAGCGAUGUUAAUCCAGUCAGUCUGAGGAGUAGCCACCAAUACACCGGACGACAUCAUGGGCCUGCUGUCCAUCCUGCGGAGAUUGAAACAGCCUCAAGACCAGGAGGUGCGCUUGCUUCUGCUCGGCCUGGACAAUGCCGGCAAAACUACGCUGCUCAAACAGCUGGCCGCCGAGGACAUCAGCCACAUUACGCCUACGCAGGGCUUCAACAUCAAGAGCGUCCAGUCAUCAGGCUUCAAGUUGAACGUGUGGGACAUUGGAGGACAGCGGAAGAUUCGCCCGUACUGGAAGAAUUACUUUGAAAACACACAUGUUUUGAUUUAUGUGAUUGACUGCUCGGACAAAAAGCGGUUUGAAGAGACAAGUUUGGAGCUAGCCGAGCUGCUUGAGGAGAACGAUCUUGGCGGCGUGCCGCUGCUGGUCUUCGCCAACAAGCAAGACCUGAGCGCUGCCAUGUCGGCCUCCGAACUGGCUGAGGCUCUCAACCUGCACACGGUCAGAGAUCGCAUGUGGCAAGUCCAGGCCUGCUCCGCCAUCACCACCGAGGGACUGCAGGAUGGCAUGAGUUGGGUGUGCAGGAAUAUAAGGUUUCGGAAGAAAUGAAGAUCGGAUGUGGCUCUCCAAAAUUCAAGAUGGAUUUUACAUGUCAGAUGAAACAUGAUGCCAUGUUUUGACCAUCGCUUAAGUUAUAAACAUCUUGUGUUGAUUUACAUCCCCUUGUAAAUCAAAAUUCCUGUAUUGUAUAUAAUGUAAAUAUGCCCCUCAUUUCACUGAAAAUGGUGUUCGCAAUACCAAAAAGCAAAAGGAAAACUGUCAGUGAGGGGGAACAAUGUAUGUUGUGUAAUGUUGCAAAAUAGACGCUAGAGGGAGCGCUCUCCCCGUUUCCAAA